CACUGAAGCACACAGGCCGUGAUUCAAGAUGCCAAACUUGGGAGGUGGAGCUAAGUGUGCGGCGUGUGAGAAGACAGUGUACCAUGCAGAGGAGGUCCAGUGUAACGGCCGGAGCUUCCAUAAGACCUGCUUCAUCUGCAUGGGCUGCAGAAAAGGGCUGGACAGCACCACGGUUGCAGCACAUGAGUCUGAGAUUUACUGCAAGUCCUGCUAUGGCAAGAAAUAUGGGCCAAAAGGCUAUGGAUACGGGCAGGGAGCUGGAGCUCUGAGCUCAGACCCUCCUCGAUAUGCCGGCCUGCAGCCUCAAGAGUCUAAACCACGACCAGCUUCUUCAAAUUCUAGUGAGAAUAAAUCCUCCCAGAAGUUUGGAUGUUCAGACCGCUGCCCUCGCUGCUCGAAAGCCGUCUACGCAGCAGAGAAGGUGAUGGGAGCAGGGAAGCCCUGGCAUAAAACCUGUUUCCGCUGCGCUCUGUGUGCUAAAAGUCUGGAUUCGACCACAGUGACAGACAAGGAGGGAGAGCUGUACUGUAAAGUUUGUUACGCCAAAAACUUCGGCCCUAAAGGAUUUGGACUGGGGAACGCCGCCAUGUUGUAUUAAGAGCAGUGAACCAUUCUGGUGUAAAGUUCACAUCACUGUCACACGGCAGCUGUUUCAAUGAAGCCAUACACUGGAUGUUUGUAAUACAUGAUUGAAGCACCAGGGCGGGUCAAAUAACAGCUGAAUCGAGGCAUAUUUAAGGUCACUAUUAGAGAUUAACUAAUAAUACUUAUGUUCAUUGUGAGUACACAAUAAAAUGAUUUUGUUACCCUAAAAUGUAUCCUGAAUUGAUUUAUUCUUUAUUAAAGUGAAGAAAGAAUUGAAAUACAGUCUGUGGUCCAUGUGUACCUCACACGCAGAAAAGAAUAGGAACCACUCAUAAUUAAAAAUAAUUAGAUAAUCCUUUUGUUUGUAAAAUAACUUAUUAUAGUUUUGAUGAUUACAACUUGCCCAACCCUGCCUAUUAGUCAAUGAAAUGAUUUCCUUACCGCUGAGAAGACAAUUAGCAGUGACUCAUUUUGUUAAAGUUAAUUAUUUAUCAAAUUGUUUUUGCAUUCAUAAAUAAUUCUUUGCCAUAAUUAAUUACAU